AUGAGUAACUUUUUUACCAAAAACAGUGCCAAAGGCUCAAGUACAGGUAAAACAUCAACAAUUUUAGCAUUAACAAAAGAAUUAUAUGGUCCUGAACUAAGUAAGACUCGUGUCUUAGAAUUAAAUGCAUCAGAUGAAAGAGGUAUUUCAAUUGUUCGUGAAAAGGUUAAAAAUUUUGCAAGAUUAACUGUAUCAAAUCCAAGUUCUGAAGAUUUAGAAAAAUAUCCAUGUCCUCCAUAUAAAAUCAUUAUCUUGGAUGAAGCUGAUUCAAUGACUGCAGAUGCUCAAUCUGCUUUAAGAAGAACUAUGGAAACUUAUUCUGGUGUUACAAGAUUUUGUUUAAUUUGUAAUUAUAUUACAAGAAUUAUUGAUCCUUUAGCUUCAAGAUGUUCAAAAUUUCGUUUUAAACCAUUAGAUAAUAAUGAUGCAUUAUUAAGAUUACAACAUAUUCAACAGCAAGAAAAUAUAAGGCUAGAAGAUGGUGUCUUGGAAGAAGUUUUAAAAAUUGCAAGUGGUGAUUUACGUAAGGCAAUUACAUUUUUACAAUCUGCAGCUAGAUUACAUUCACGUUUAAAAAUUGGUUUAGAAGAUGAAGAUGGUGAUUUAGAAUUGGAUGAUCAAGAUUCUCAAGAACAAAUAACAAUUAAAAGUAUUCGUGAAAUUGCAGGAUCUGUUCCAAAAGAUGUAUUGGAUGGAAUUUUAAAAAUUUCAGAAGAAAAAAAUUUCCAAAAAAUUUUUAAAAUUGUUGAUGAUACUAUAUCUGAAGGUUGGAGUGGUGUUGAUAUUGUUAAUCAAUUACAUGAUGAAUUAAUUUUAAAUGAUUUAUAUUCAUCUGAACAAAAAAAUCAAUUUUCUCAAAUUUUAUUUGAAACUGAUCAAAGACUUUCAAAUGGUACAGAUGAACAUUUACAAAUUUUAAAUUUAAUAACGAAGAUUUCACAAGUUAUUUAA